AAGAAAAGGUAAAAAAAGGAAAGCUCAAACAGUUGUAGUUAAAAAAUUCGACUCUGAUUACAUCAAAUGUGGUUUCAUUAAGGCAGGAAAUGACUUUGAGUUAAAAGCACGAUGUGUUAAGUGCUAAUGCCAUGUUGCGUGUCAGCUUGUCUCCUUUCAAGCCUCGACUUGAUCUGAUAAUAUCCAAUAUAAAAAUUCGAAUUUCGCAUUGAUAGUAAAUUGCGUGUGAAUACAUUGUUCCACAUCUCAUUGUGGGUCGCCCAAAAAAAUGACAAUAAAAGUGGAUUGCGAAAUGAAAAAGGUUAGGAAGCACUGUGUUAGAAAACGAGGGACAAUCAUAUUAAAUUGAUUGAGUUUCAGUAAUUUGGGCAAAAUUAGCAUUAUUAGUUGUAAAUCGGGUUUAACUCAGAUUCUUUGAACUGGGACAAAAUGAGUUGGUCAUAACGAUUCUUAGUUGUUGUGCGUCAUUCGCGUCGCAGGCCAUAGCCCGGGGACAAAACAUGGUGUUUUAAACGGACAAUCAAGGUUAGAUCUUCUGCCGUGCUUGAUAGUACAUUAACUCAGUGACCCAAUUUAUUAUAUAUAAGAUUUAAACCGCUCCUAUCUGCCUUCACAACACAACGUGCAAUAAUACUAUUAUAAAAGCUAUACCACCUCUAUACGAUAAGAAACAGUUUGUAACAGAAUGAAUAUGGUGCUAGCGAAUUUGAAAAAAAUAGCAAAUUCAUUGUGCUCACGUUUCCAAAGGUAUGUAAUGCCACGCAGUCCAACAUACUGACCAAAUUUACGCAUAGCGACAUUAUAUGACUGUAGGGUUUUGAACAUUUUAUAGAGCCUAGGCUUCUCUUGUUUUCAGUACUAAACAACAGUAUAAAAAAUCGUAAUGGAGCGUCGUGUAUGCGACAUGCCAGUUUACACAUAUGUGUCUCACCCAUCUGUGAAGGGACUGUACGCUAUUCCAUCAGUAACAACGCAAAAAGGUUUUGACGCUGCAAUAUCCUACCAAGCUCGGCCUGGAGAUAUUUUUCUUUGUACUUAUCCGAAAUGUGGGACAACGUGGGUUCAGAAUGCACUUUUGGGAAUGAAAUAUGGGCGGUCCUUGGUAGAAAAUGAGAAGUUGGACAUCAUGUUUCCCCAUCUGGAAUUAGAUGGUAUAGAUGCCGUUGAAAAUGUGAAAGACCUCCCACGAAUGAUAAAAACUCAUCUUUUAUUUGAUAUGACACCUUGGAAUCAACAAUCAAAAUAUAUAUGUGUAGCUCGAAACCCCAAAGAUUGCUUUGCUUCAUACUUCUAUCACACUAUUGGAUUUACACACUUAUACCAAUACGAGGAUGGGAAAUUCGAUGAUUUCUUCGAACUACUGAUCAGUGGGAAAGUUGACUUCGGAGAUUUUUUUGAUUUUGCAACAAAGUGGUGGGCUAUGAGCAAAGAGAAGUCAAAUGUUUUGUACGUCUUAUACGAAGAUCUGAAGUACGAUUCUCAUGGGGAAUUUUUAAAAAUUGCGCAGUUUCUGGGAGACGAAUGGGCCGAUAAAGUCACGAAAAAUGGAAAUGAACUUUUGGAUGAGAUUGUCAACUUCACUAGUUUCAAGAAUAUGUCACGGAGAGAUUACCAUACCAAAAGACCUGCUGAAUUGCCUUUCUUGCGUAAAGGUGUUAUCGGCGAUUGGAAAAAUUUAUUCACAAAAUCACAGAGUCAGAGAGUGGAUGAAAAGAUGGAACAAAGUGGUAAAAAAUAUCCAGGAUUCAAUAAAUUAUGGGAUAAAUAUGCUGAAGAUCUAAAAUGAGCAGCUUGUUAUUAUAUCAAACAGCUAAAAGCUUAUAUGAAUCUUUUAAGUCCUAUACUCUGAAUUUUUAAAGAAAUAAAAGUCAUUGAAAUAAAACAUCUCAUCCUCA